UGUAGCUGCUGCUGCUGCACUAUAUCCUUAUUUUAUAAUGUGACAUUAUUCGACAUCCUUCCAUUCCUUAAGCACUGCUCAAUAACAACGCGUAUAGUAGCUCAUCAUCGUCAUCAUCAUCCUAGAAUAAAUAGUUAACCUUUCAGAUCUGCGAGCUUGGUAAGUGUACACAGAACGACGAGAACCACGACGAACGAGGAUGCAAUAGCUAGUCGACCUCGUUUGUACUGCAACAUAGUCCGUGGUGCUACUGUCCUGGGACCCCUCGAAUAAUAAAUAGCAUGAGCACCAAGAAAAAAGCCACACCCGAAGUGGUGGUCACAAAUCCCGACAGUGAGGAAGUUUUAUCCCCCCAACAUCGCCCACGACGCCCACAGUUUGUCCUGCCUUCAACUUUAGUGGAGCUAACGAUCUCUGCACAAAAUCUUGUGGAUCGUGACAAGUUGAGUCGAUCUGACCCAAUUUGUGCCGUUUACGUAACCAAACCACACAGGAAAAACUGGGUCGAAUAUGCUAGGACUGAGGUCUUGGAAAAUACAUUUAGUCCUCAAUGGAAUACGAAGAUUAGCAUUCGAUAUAAUUUUGAAGAACGUCAGAGUCUCCUGUUCAAAAUUUAUGAUUGGGACAAGGAAACCAGUUCAUGGAAGGACCAAGAUUUUCUCGGAAUGUUGGAUUGUGCUUUGGGAGAGAUUGUCGCUGCACCAAACAAAAGGUUUGUCCGCAAAUUGGCCAUUCCACACAUGAUUUUGGGUCAAAGUGACGUUCCCUCAACAAUCACCAUUGUCGUGGAAGAAAUAAGUGAGAAGGAAGGGAAAGACGUCGUUGGGUUUCGUUUAAGCUGCACCAAUUUAAUCAAUCGAGGCGUGUUGAGUAAGCACGAUCCUUAUUUGAUCAUCUCCAAACAACUGGAGGAUGGAUCAUGGACGGUGGUGCAUAAAACUGAGGUUCUCGAGAAUACAAAAAAUCCAAAUUGGAGAUUCUUCUCAGUGCGAAUGUCCUCAUUGGGGGGAAAACACGAGAAUACAGUUUUAAGAUGGAGUGUUUUAUAUUGGAGUCAUCAUGGUCCUCCAAAACUUGUGGGGGAAUUCCUCACAACAUUCCAACAAGCAAUGCAAGCAUUUCAAGAUGGCAAGGCAUCAUUUCCACUGAUAAAUCUGAGGAAGAAGGAAAAGAACCAGUCGUACACCAAUUCCGGACUCCUUCAAAUCCAAGAACUGCGAGUUGACGAAAAAAAGACAUUCGUGGACUACUUACAAAGUGGACUUCAACUUCAAUGGACCGUUGUGAUUGAUUUCUCUUCACAUAACAAGAGCCUAAAAUCCCCUACCUCGUACCAUUACAUUGAUGGGGAACAGGAGAAUCGUUAUGUUGCUGCCAUCAAAGCUGUGGGUGAUGUUUUACAAGAUUACGAUGCUGACAAACGGUUUCCAGCAUUCGCCUUUGGAGCAAAACCAACAAAGGAUGAAAUGAUCAAUCAAUAUUUCCCCCUAAAUUAUAACUCGGAUAAUCCUGCCUGUGAAGGGGUAGAUGGAAUUUUGGCUGCAUACCAUGAAGCUCUUAAAAAAGUGACGAUAUCAACCCCUGCAAUUUUUUCCGAAUCAAUCAAACAAACUGCAAAACUCGCAAAGAGCAACCAAAAUGGAACAAAGUAUUUUGUGCUGUUAAUGAUCACGAGAGGAAUUAUUAAUGAUAAAACAUUAACGAUUGAAACAAUUAUAAAUGCGAGUGGUCUUCCCAUGUCCGUUAUCAUAAUUUGUGUUGGAGACAACAAUUUCGAGUCGAUGGCUGAACUCGAUAGCGAUGGACGAUUGUUGCAACUUAACGGGAAGAAGGCCCAAAGAGAUAUCGUGCAGGCUGUUGACUUUAAGAAGUUCAUGUCUGCGUCAAGAGACCAGCGUGGAAGCAAACAACCUUACGUCAGAAAACGAGCGCUGGCUGCCGAGGUGUUGGCAGAGUUACCUUAUCAAGUCGUGAACUGGAUGGAGUCCUUCCGACCCAUGGAGCCUUCUGCUGGGGAAUAGUCGAUCAGUGGGAUAGAAAGAAGAAGGGAACGUGUGCUUUAUUACAGGCUUUCGCUACACCCAAGUACUAACGAAAUUACAAAUCCAAGUGGCAUUACUAACUCACAUAAUCCAGAAAGAACCGUCUGCUUGUAACAUAAUCAUAAUAACAUAUACUAAUCAAACCUCCCGUAUAUUGCUGUGCUAUCCUAAUAACGAGUGCUUCAAACUCCAGAGCUUCAUAUCAGUUCAGCAAGAAAGGAAAGCGAAUAUUCAAUAAGCUGUUCCACAUCACAAGUGUCUAUGCCAGCGAUACUCAUUAGAUAAGGAGAAUGUAAUAAUACUACUAUGAAUAACAUGCACAAUAAUUAAGCCAUUCAAAAUGCCCAACGAUUAAAUUUUAAAUAGUAUAAAAUUCGUAUAUUUCAAUUUACAUACAUAAAUAAAUGUAGCGAAAACUUACUUGCAUAAUUGUGAUGCUUAUAAUAAAUGAUGCAUGAAGCGUGCAUUUAAUACCGCGACCAAUUAAUUGUCUUGAUAUGAGUAUCUAAUAAUAAUAAUCAAAUAAUUCGUACUA